UAAUUCAAUCAGACUCAUCUGUGAAGCCAGAAAAAGAAAACGUCCACGGCGUCAACGAGUCCAAGUGAGAGUGACAGCCGUAACACGAACCAAACCAAACCAAACAUAACCGAUCCGGUGCUGGGGUCCCCUUCAGCUACUGCAAAGGACGCGGCUGCCCAAACACAAACUAACUAGAAAACUUUGUCAAACACUCGAGUAAAGCGGCAAACGUGCGCAUCUGAAAGUUUUCCCUCUAUUUCGUGCACCUCUUAGACUCAGAUAUAGAUACAGAUAAAAAAUACAUACAGCGACGCGAGUGCUUUAAUUUCGGCACGUUCUCAGCAAAAUAAGUACAUAAAAAGGCGGCAAGAGAAACAGCUGCAGGAUGUCCUCCUCCAUGCCAUUGACCAUGGACCAGCGACGUUUGAUCUGGCCAACAUUUAUUCUCUCGCUGCUGUUGCUCCAAGCAACGGCGAGUGCCAUCGACUUGAGUCGUUUGUACGGGCAUAUGGCAAACCCGAUACAGAAACGAAGCGAUGCCUGCCAUCCGUACGAGCCUUUCAAGUGCCCCGGCGACGGUAAUUGCAUUUCCAUACAAUAUUUAUGCGAUGGUGCGCCCGAUUGCUCCGACGGCUACGACGAGGACAUGCGUCUUUGCACUGCGGCCAAACGCCCACCUGUCGAAGAGACUGCAUCAUUUUUGCAGAGCCUAAUCGCCUCACAUGGACCCAAUUAUCUGGAGAAACUUUUUGGCAGCAAGGCACGUGAUGCCCUCUCCCCGUUGGGUGGUGUGGAAAAGGUGGCCAUCGCUUUGAGCGAAUCGCAAACGAUUGAGGACUUCGGAGCCGCAUUGCACCUAAUGAGAUCUGACUUGGAGCAUUUACGUUCAGUUUUUAUGGCUGUGGAGAAUGGCGAUCUUGGCAUGUUGAAGUCGCUUGGCAUCAAGGACUCGGAACUGGGUGAUGUGAAGUUCUUUUUGGAGAAAUUGGUCAACACCGGUUUCCUUGACUGAGUAGCGCCGGAUCCGGCUUCUGGAUUUUAUUAUGCACACGCACAGCCCAUCAAUCCUAAUUUCUAUUCAUAUCUGGGCACGCCCUAUGAUAAUUACAAUUAUUAGAAAGGUGUUGCAGCAAAUCUUUACAUUCAACAAUAUAAACCGAUACACACUAUUAAACAGACACAAUUCCAGACACGAACACACUCGUACAUCUAAUAUUUUCUCAAAACUUUCGCAGUUGUCUAUUGGUUUUCCAAAUAAACUCCUUAGUUUUAUGCUGUUUCUUGCCCGUCCAACGCUUGAUUUGCUUUCAAUUUUCAAACAUCUUUUUUAGAAAAAAAAAAACCACAAAAAUAAAAAAAAAAAU